UCAAUCUGCGCAUUUUGUAUGCUUUGGGCAUAAAUCGUUAAAAAUGCCGUAUAUCCCAAACAGUGACAAAUCGAGAUUCAACUCACAAUCAAGGUUGGGAACGUAUUAUACCCUGUGUAUCAUAUUGUUCGGCAAAAUGCUGAAAGCAAACGAUAAAAAUGACACAACAAGAAUACUGGACGAUGACUGCAAGAUCCAUAUGCAGAAAUCGAAAAAACUAUUGAAACUCGACAAGCCGCAAAACUCGCAAAUAUGCAUUGAAUUUAAUGAUAUCUGUUAUUCAGUUCGUCAUGGAUUUAAAGAAAUUGAGAAAAAAAUCCUACAUGAUGUAACAGGGCACUUUGAAACAAAAAAAAUCACGAUAAUUAUUGGUCCUUCUGGCGCGGGAAAAUCCACCCUGCUAAAAAUCAUAUCGGGCAAACGAUUAAAUAAUGUUAAGGGUACCAUCAUCGUAAACGGUGUUGAACGAAAUAGAGGAAUGUUUCGCAAACAGAUAUGCUAUGUGCCACAACAAUACGAUUUAUUACCGUUCCUCACAACGAGAGAAACUCUUUAUAUAGCGGCACGAUUGAAACUCAACAUUAAUCAGAGCGAACAAGCGAUUCGAUUUGUUGUGAACGAUAUUGCAAAGAGUCUCGGCUUGUCAUCUUGUCUAAACACAUUGGCGAAUAAAUUAAGCGGUGGCGAACGGAAGAGACUCUCCAUCGGCGUAGAAAUGCUCACCAAGCCAUCUAUUCUCUUAUUAGACGAACCAACAAGCGGUCUCGACAGUGUGACUUCUAAUCAACUUAUUAGCAUGCUACAUGAUGUGAUGAGAGCAAAUUGCACUGUAGUUUGCGCGAUACAUCAGCCCAGUAGUCAGAUGAUUUCGCUCUUUGAUAACAUUAUGGUACUCAACCGAGGCAGAUGUAUGUACUGCGGUCCCAAGAGUGAGAUCUUAAACACAUACAGCAUUGCUGGAUUCACGUGUCCCAGCUUUUAUAAUAUAGCCGAAUAUGUGCUUGAAGUAAUAACCGAACAGAGGGGUGGAGAUUUAGAGAAUCUAUACGAGAUCUGUCGUGAUGAAUACGAAAAGUUCAAAUCAUGCAGCAAACGUAACAAAAAUGAAUUAGAUUCACCAAAUAAUUUCAAGCAGAAAUUUGAAAUGCAAAACGAUACAAGUAUAAAUAGCACAAUACAAAAAAAGUCCACAUGGCAACAACAAAAGAUAUUAUUUUUACGAGCUUUAAUCUGCAUAAAACGAGAUAGCGUUUUGACAAAACUAAGAUUGGCAGUGCACGUUGUAAUGGCGUUAUUAUUAGGAGCACUGUUUUAUAAUUUUGGUAAUGAUGCGGGAAAAAUAUACAGUAACAUCUCCUGCUUAUUUUUUUAUCCUUUUUUUUUAUUCUUCGCAAAUCUCAUACCAUUUAUUCAGAUAUACAGAGGUCUAUGCCUCGUUGUGACGAUACAUGAAGAUAGUGGACGUAUACAAUGA